AUUCCGAAAUAAAUAAUUGACACGUGAGUAUAUUCCUUCGGUUUUGUAGAAUGUAAUCAACUUUAGUCGAACAUUAAUUGUCCAAUUUAAUGGUUAAAUAUGUUGUCCAUGAUUAUGUGCGGAAUUACUGACUGUUCUCUUCAUGAAAAUGACUAAAAUUAUGUGUAUAUUUUGAGAGAGAGAACAACAGACUUCUAAAUGUAGUCCCACAUGCUUCAUAUUGUGAUGGUUGCAAGCAUUCGGUGUGCGACUCGAAGUUCACGGCAGGCGCAGGGUGGUUGCACUGCAGUGAACAUGGUGAACAAGUGGAAAACGAUCCUGAGCCUUACUCAGCUCAGGCUGUAGAGUAACACACCUUGGAUUUCUGUGCCGCCAUUCGACAUGUCAAACUUAUUUAUUUUACAAGCCAUCACAGUCAUACAUAGACAGCACUCUAGCCCUAGGCGACACCGCAAUACUUACCCGUGUUAAUAAAGUGGGAGUCCGCUCACGCGCGUUUGGGCCUCCCUAGCUUAGAACUAAGCACUAAUAUCACCUUAAAAACUGAAUCUACAAGAACCAGCAUGGCUGAUGCCCAAGCAGAAGCUGGAAUUCCAGCUGUGGAUUCAGAGACUAAAGGCAUAGACAAUACUGAGGGCCCGGCCGAGGACCAGGUCCAAGGACCUUCUCAGGAAGAGAUGCUGGCCCACGUCAGAGCUCAGCCUGGAACUGCACUGGUGAAAGCAAAAUACAUUGAUUUUGCACGUGUUGCAGAAGGAAUCACGAGUAAACAAGUUCGCAAGGAUGCCCCCGAAGCAACCAAGGAGAAGCGCAAAGAACCUGAAGACCCUCAACCUGGAGGCAAAAAGCAGAAAAAGAUCAAGGGUAUGAACAAGAAACGACCCAGGGACCACCAGUUUCUGCCGCAUGCAGAGCGUCCUUGUCUCGAUUUCUUGGGCGGCAAAACCUGCAGGUUUGGGGAAAAUUGCAAAUUCAGUCAUGAGAUCCAAAAGCUAAUGGAGAAUAAGGCACCUGACAUUGGUCCGAGAUGUAUCGGUUUCGAUAGAUUCGGUACCUGUCCGUACGGUCUCCUGUGCCGCUUUGGAGGUGCCCACAUAGACGAUAACCUAAAGAGCGUUGUCAAUGACGAGAAGGUCAAGGAAACGGGUGGUAAGUUUGACGUCAGGAAUAUUAUGAGCAAAGACUUGCAGAGUAAGUUGAGGAAGAGGAACUUUGGUUUCAGCAAAUCCGAUCAGUACUUGAGAACUUUGGGAGGUAAGAAGAAGGGGUUUAAAAAGCACGCAGGACCUGCUGGAAAGGACAAUAUCGCAAGCAAUGCCACAAGUUCUGCAAGCACUGGUGAGAAUGGGACUCUCGAAGGAUCAACCAAGGUUGGUGGGGAUGCAAUUCAAGGUGGCAACGGGACUCAGAGCCCUUCUCCGGCAGUGCCAACCAGUGAAGAUGUCGGCAGCCAUGCAGCAGGGACCGUAACGGAUGCUGAUGUCAUCAGGCUUAGACCGGAGGAGAAGAGGAAGCUAGAUGUUAAGGAUAAACUCCUUCUUGCGCCCUUGACAACAGUUGGCAACCUUCCAUUCCGGGCUGUAUGUAAGAAGCUCGGUGCAGACAUCACCUGCGGUGAAAUGGCUAUGUGUACUAACCUACUCCAAGGUCAGACGUCUGAAUGGGCGCUACUAAAGCGACAUCCCUCGGAAGAUGUCUUUGGUGUCCAACUUUGUGGCGCUUUCCCAGACACAAUGACCAAGUGUGCCGAGUUGCUCAACAAUACAAUAGAUAUUGAUUUCAUUGAUGUCAAUGUUGGCUGUCCCAUUGAUAUGGUCUACCACAAGGGAGCUGGGUCUGGUUUGAUGAACAGGAUGGGCAAGUUCCAAGAAAUUGUCAGAGGGAUGAGUUCGGUCUUAGAUGUUCCUUUAACCGUGAAAAUGAGAACUGGCGUCCAUAACGAAAGUCGAAUCGCACACAAGAUCAUACCUCGCGUCUACGAAUGGGGAGCCUCCGUCGUCACGGUUCAUGGUCGUACGAGAGAGCAGCGUUAUUCUAAGCUUGCCGACUGGGAUUACCUGAGGCAGUGUACGGAGGCUGCGGACCCCUAUCCAUUCAUUGGAAACGGAGACAUCCUUUCGUUCGAAGAUGCAAAUUUCUUCCGUGAGAGGAGUGGAUCGGCUGGCCAGAUGAUAGCCAGAGGUGCCCUCAUCAAACCAUGGAUAUUCACUGAGAUCAAAGAACAGAGACACUGGGAUAUCUCAUCCAGUGAGCGCUUUGACAUACUACAGGAUUAUGUAAACCUAGGGCUCUUACAUUGGGGUUCAGACACUCCGGGAGUGCGGAAGACAAGGAGAUUCCUGUUAGAGUGGCUCUCGUUCCUCCACCGAUACAUCCCGGUGGGAGUCUUGGAAAGACCACCUCAGAAGAUCAACGAAAGACCUCCUUACUUUGUCGGUCGGAAUGACCUGGAAACCCUGAUGGCGAGUGCUAACUGCGCCGACUGGGUCAAGAUCAGUGAAAUGUUCCUUGGUCCUGUACCUGAUGACUUCCUGUUCUUACCAAAGCACAAAGCCAGCUCCUACAAGUGAAACUGUCCUGAGAGGAGGUUGUUUCACAAAGAGCUAAGAUAGACUUAAAUCAAACUUAAAUAUUUAGUUCUGUGAACAAAGCCAUCUCCUACAAGUGAAACUGUCCUACGAGGGGGUUGUUUCACAAAAAGUUAAGUUAGACAUAAAUCAAACUUUAAUUUCCAGUUCUGUGCACGAAGCCGCUCCUACAAGUGAAACUGUCCUGAGAGGAGGGUGUUUCACAAAGAGCUGAAAUAGGCUUAAAUCAAACUCCAAGUGAAUGUGCUAUUGAAUGUUCAACAAUGAGAUUACAUUUCAAAUAUGUGUGCAUUGGUGUGUGAGCAUGGUUUUAUAUGUCACACUUAUCUCUUGGUGAAACAACCCCAUGGUUCAGCAACAAGAGUAGCGCAAGUUUUGCCAUUACCAGGGGCGUGAUUGACCCCUUAUUGCCAGUCGCAUGGUCAUGAGAAGACUGUGAAUGUGCAUUUAUUGAAGUGAAAUUCUGUGAAGAUCCACAGUCACCUUUAAUUGCCAUUAUUUUAGUAUGGAACUCUCAAUAUUGGAGUUCACUCUUAUACUUUCAGAAUAUCUUUUUUUAAAAAUGAUGAAAAUCCAUAUUUUAUUAUUCGAAAUAGACAUGAAAUGAAAUACUCUGAAAAUUUGCUUUGCCCAAUUGAUCGUAAGCCCGGCAGCCACUGUGCAGUGCCAGAUCGACGAGGCUCUAUUCCUUUAAUCAUUGAACGGCAAACAGGAUAGCAGCAACUCCCGUCUUUUAACGUCUUCUGGUCUGACGCGGCCAGGGUUUGAACCCCCGACCUCACGGUUGUGAGAUGAUGCUCUACCAACUGAGCCAUCACACCGGUUGUAACAAAGCGAGGGGGUAUCUAAACUUCUCAAUUAAUCUAAGGCCUGAUGAUUUUUUUUUUUUUAUUCCGAACUGUUGUAUAAUCAUGGCUAAUAUAUUCAUCUCUGAUUUUAUUCUUAUAAUUUUCAUUGACUAGGCUUCUGACUCUAAUCCCAAGUUAUAUACAGGAGUUUUUUUAGUACCUUUUUAUGUCAAAAUAUUUGAAUUUUCAGAUUUAUGUUUAUUGUUCAGAGGAAUUUUAAAUACUUUUAUGCAACAAAUACACUUUUUAUAUAUUUAUUCUUCUCUGUCAUGGUGAGUGAAUGCAAUAGUUAGAAAAAAAGGUUUCUUAUCUUUCAGAAAUCUAGAGCUCUUGGAAAUGUUCACCCCAGUCUUUUUCCUUUGUUACUAUUAUUGAAUAUCUGACUUUUACCACAUACAAUUUUGAUGAAGCAUUGAUAUUUUUUUUUAAAGAUAUUUUAUUGUAAUUGAAAGGCGUAAUUAGAUGGGGGAAAUAGAAAAUUAUCACUCUUACUUUCAAAUCCUUUCAGAUUUCAUUAAAUCAUAAUAUAUAACUUGUUAUUCUUGUUCUGAAGCUAGGGUAAAAUAUUCAUACUUUUAUGCCAUUUUGAUCACAUCAUUUUUUGAGAAGUAUUUGAUAUGUCAGUCAUCAGCAUCAUGCAUUGUCCUAAUCAUCGUGCUUAGAGACCUUCUUUGUGAUAAGCACUAUACAAAUAUUGUAAUUUUUUUUAUAUUAUUAGAUGCUUGGGCAAGCUUUUGUACUAUCCCCAGAAGCAACGUUGUUUUUAAGUACUAAUAUAUACUGUAUGUGGAUUUUUCCUCCAUACUACGUCCAUAUUUGCACUGAUUACUUUCAUGGGACAUCCUUUUGAUCAUGAACUAGUGUAGUAAAAGUAAAUUUAUAUAAUUAUGAUAAACAA